UAGGUUAUGCUCUGACCAGCAAUGAUAGAUUAAAUUAACCUGAUGAAGAUAACAAAUUUAGCAAAAAAAAAAAAAGCAAUGGAAGUGAAUCGAGAGAAGCAAGACAGAGAAGGGACGCUAAAUCAGCCACCGCAAAUGACACCGAUGAAGCCGGUGACUCAUGAAGCCUAUGGCGGCGGAAUGUAUGGAAAUGACGAUCAAGGACAACAGAUAAUUAGCAAUAAGAAGCCGGCCAGUGACUCCCAAAGUGCUGAUGGACCCGUAGAGAAGGCCGCCGAGCCCAAGAACAAAGCCCCACCUUCCACUGGUGAUCGUGAUCUUGAUAUCACCGGCCAGUCAUACAUCCAGUAAUUUCUUCUGUUGGAAGUUUGGACAAGCUUUGUAUAUUAUAGUGGG